AUGCGGCUCACCCGCUGCCAGGCUGCCCUGGCAGCCGCCAUCACCCUCAACCUUCUGGUCCUGUUCUACGUCUCAUGGCUGCAUCACCAGCCCAGGAGCUCCCGGACCAGGGGCUCCCGCCGUGGAUCCGCCUCUGGCCCCCGCGUCACCAUCUUGGUGCGCGAGUUCGAGGCCUUUGACAACGCAGUACCGGAGCUGGUGGACUCUUUCCUGCAGCAAGAGCCUGCCCAGCCAGUGGUGGUGGUGGCCGAUGCGCUCCCCUACCCGCCCCUGGCCCUGCCGCGCAUCCCCAACGUUCGCCUGGCGCUGCUCCAGCCCGCCCUGGACCGACCUGCCGCAGCCUCCCGCCCGGAGACCUACGUGGCCACCGAGUACGUGGCCCUGGUGCCCGACGGGGCGAGGGCCGAGGCACCAGGCCAGCUGGAGCGCAUGGUCGAGGUGCUCCGAGCAGGCGGCGCACGCCUGGUGGCCGCUCCAGUCGCUUCGGCCAACCCGGCCCGGUGCCUGGCCCUGAACGUCAGUCUGCGGGAGUGGACCGCCCGCUACGGCCCAGCACCCUCCGCACCGCGCUGCGACGCCCUGGACGGGGAUGCCGUGGUGCUCCUGCGCGCCCGCGACCUCUUCAAUCUUUCGGCGCCCUUGGCCCGGCCCGUGGGCACCGGCCUCUUCCUGCAGACCGCCCUCCGCGGUUGGACGGUGCAAAUGCUGGACCUGCCCUUCGGCGCGGCACGCCAGCCUCCGCUGGCCACGGCCCAUGCGCGCUGGAAGGCAGAGCGCGAGGGGCGCUCACGACGGGCGGCGCUGCUGCGGGCGCUGGGCAUCCGCCUGGUGAGCUGGGAGGGUGGGCGGCUUGAAUGGUUCGGAUGCAACAAGGAGACCCCGCGCUGCUUCGGGACGGUGGUGGGCGACACGCCGGCCUACCUGUACGAGGAGCGCUGGACGCCCCCGUGCUGCCUGCGCGCGCUGCGCGAGACGGCCCGCUACGUGGUGGGCGUGCUGGAGGCGGCCGGCGUGCGCUACUGGCUGGAGGGCGGCUCGCUGCUGGGGGCGGCCCGCCACGGGGACAUCAUCCCGUGGGACUACGACGUGGACCUGGGCAUCUACCUGGAGGACGUGGGCAACUGCGAGCAGCUGCGGGGCGCCGAGGCAGGCUCGGUGGUGGACGAGCGCGGCUUUGUGUGGGAGAAGGCGGUGGAGGGCGACUUCUUCCGCGUGCAGUACAGCGAGAGCAACCACCUGCACGUGGACCUGUGGCCCUUCUACCCCCGGAACGGGGUCAUGACCAAGGACACGUGGCUGGACCACCGGCAGGAUGUCGAGUUCCCCGAACACUUCCUGCAACCUCUGGUGCCCCUGCCCUUUGCCGGCUUCGUGGCGCAGGCGCCCAACAACUACCGCCGUUUCCUGGAGCUCAAGUUCGGCCCCGGGGUCAUCGAGAACCCCGAAUACCCCAACCCGGCGCUCCUGAGUUUGGGGGGAAGCAGUUGA